CCUGGCCCUGGCUCAGUCUCAAUGGGGGCGCUGGGGCUGGAGUGCCGGGGUAGGCGGCCCCAGGGGAAGGGAUGCCUCCUGCUGGCUGUCGCAGGAGCCGCUUCCCUGGUGACCCUCCUGCUGGCUGUGCCUAUCACUGUUCUGGCUGUGCUGGCCUUGGUGCCCCACGAGCAGGGCGGACUGGUAACAGGGACCGCUGACCCAGGCGCCCAAGCACAGGCCCAUCAGCGAUUUGAGUCCCGGGAGUUGCCGGUGGAGGAGGAGGCAGAAACAGAUCUCAGCCCCAGGCUCCCGGCUGCCCACCUCAUUGGCGCUUGGACCACGGGGCAGGGGCUAGGCUGGGAGGCGAAGAAAGAAGAGGCGUUUCUGAGGAGCGGGACGCAGUUCUCGGGCGCCGAGGGGCUGGCCCUCCCGCAGGAUGGCCUCUAUUAUCUCUACUGUCACGUCGGCUACCGGGGCCGGGCGCCCCCUCCCGGCGGGGACCCCCUGGACCGCUCCGUGACGCUGCUCAGUCGGCUGUACCGGGCGGGGGGCGCCUAUGGAUCGGGGAGUCCCGAGCUACUGCUCGAGGGCGCGGAGACCGUGAGCCCGGUCUUGGACCCCGCCCAGAGGCACGAGUACGGGCCUCUCUGGUACACGAGCGUGGGGUUCGGCGGCCUGGUGCAGCUCCGGAGGGGCGAGAGGGUGUACGUCAAUAUCAGUCACCCCGAUAUGGUGGACUACAGGAGAGGAAAGACCUUCUUUGGGGCGGUGAUGGUGGGGUGAGGGCUACCCGCGUCCCUAAAACGACUACUGCAUGGUGGGAGUAUGUGAACGAAUCAGCCUAGAUAUUGGGGACCCAGACACCAGGGACCCCAUGGCCGUGGCGAAAAUGGAGAAGACUGUUUGGAAACUGAUUUUGAGCCUGGUGAAAAUAAAGAAGGUAAAGCUUUAGUGCUGCCGGUACA